GACAACUGUGUGUUGUGUUCCUGUGCACGUCUCUGUGUGGUGCUGGGAGUGGGGACGUGCUGUGAUUCAGCACGUGAACCGUGGCUGUACUGUGCUGAUAGCGAGCAACACGGUGCUCGACUGAAUAUUUGUUCUGAAAGUUUCCAGAGUGAAAAUCUCCGAGAAGUGUGCUGGUGAGAUGCAGAGUGUUGAGGCAGGCUACACCAACUCCCAGACGUGGCAGGCAUGGCUGGAGACCAGUCAGGUGCUGUGGAACAAUACAUCACUGAUCUUUGUGGCAUCAGUGUGCGUAUCUUUGGCGGUGGUGUGUAGUCAGCUGGUUGUUGAGCAACUCACCGCCAACAUUACCCUCAGUCCUGCCUCACCGAGCCCGAGGAGCCUCAAAGGGAAUGUUCCAAAAAGGACACAGUAGAGAAGACAGCGGAUUUGGACCAGGAUAAAGUGGAUGUGGACAAAGUGAUGCAGUACAGCCAACACCUGCCAGGACAAGUGAAGAGGGCUCAGCAGCGCUCCUUGGAGAAGUCCAUUGAAACAGAGAUGAGUGAGGAGCAGAGAGCCACUGAGAGGGAAAUCCAGUCCCAGCAGCUGGCAGCAAUAUUUAAAAUGAUGAAGGAACAGGAAGAGAAAUUUGGAGAAACAACAAUGGAUGAGAUUAAGGACCAGAUGAAACUGUAUUGUGGCUAGCCCAGCCCUGCAGCUUCCAAGACACACAAGUGCUAGAUUACUACCAAAAAAUAGUAAAUGGUGUAUUGAUAUGCAUUUUGACUUGUUACAGUAUGAAAAAUAGGUUCUGUUUGCUUUAAUUAGUGCCACCAGACCAUUUAGUGGAGUGACAAUGAAUAUUUAAUUAUACUGCAAAACAUUUUACUGUAUAGAGAAUAUCAAUGAUGAAAAAGCAGAAGCAAGUACAUUACAUAAGGAUUUUCUAAAAGUGUGCCAGUUUCACAAUCAUUAUUUAUUGGACCAUUACAGAUUUAUAUCAUAUGAAAGACAGUGCAGGCAGUGCUUGUUGGUUUAGGUAAGCUUCUUAAAAUCAAAAUCUAGACAUUUAUUUAUAUUUCUCAUGCUCUGUCAUGUACCCCUGGGAGGGGUACAAUAGUAAAGUCCCCAUCUCUCCUCAGUCUGGCAGUCCAACAUUUUGGUGUCAAAAACUCACUUGUCACAUCUGACACUCCAGUACUUAUCUUUUUAUGCAUUUUACUAGUUGCCUCCCUUUCAUAUUUCAUUUCUCAGUUUCAUUCAUGUACACUCUCUUCACAAACUCAUUCUCAUUCACUAUUACCAUGAAUCCAAACUGCCUCACAGUAUCACACUGAGACCAUUCAGCUAUUCUACAAUCUCUUCCUUUUUUCUGUUUCACCAGUGCCACAUAAAUUUAUUUGUAUUUCAUCCUGAGAGCCACAUUGCAUAUCUUCUGUAACUCAUGUCCACCACACAUAUUUGAUUGUUAUACUGCAUUUCAUUUCCACGUUUCAGGUGCAUGUGAUAGAGGAGGAAAGAUAGCACUGUCUUAUCCCCUCCUUAGUUCAUUCUAUUCAUAACAACUAUUUUCUUUUGUAUCUUUGUAACACUCUCUCUCUCUCUCUCUCUCUCUCUCUCUCUCUCUCUCUCUCUCUCUCUCUCUCUCUCUCUCUCUCUCUCUCUCUCUC